AUACACACAUGAAACAGAGAAAAAAUCUUUUGUGAGUCAGAAAUUAACGAAAGUGCGCUGCCGUGUUACUCAAUAGUAUUAUAAAUAUCUCUAGUGGUGAUAUGUUUCUAAUAAACUUUCAGACUUUGCUACGGAAUGUAAACUAUUUAGCAAUAUAACGGAUAAGUAACUAGUCUUAUUAAUAAUGGGAGAUUCAAGAUAUAUUAAUUUUAAUAACGCCGGACCUUCUUCUGGGGUGGCUGUUUGUGAUGACUGUGUAAAAGUAUUUUUUGAAAUUAAACGUGAUCAUAAAUGGAAUUAUGUGAUUUACAAAAUAACAGACGAUUUAAAAAAUAUUGUUGUGGAAGAAAGAGGAGGGACACAUAAAACAUAUCAAGAUUUUGUAAACAAACUAAAAGAAGCUGAAAAGAAAGGACAAUGUCGAUAUGGAUUGUUUGACGUCAAAUUUUCAUGCAAUGAUAUUCAUAGCGAAAAAUUAGCAUUCUUUAUAUGGAAUCCAGAUACAGCUUCAACUAGACAAAAGAUGAUUUAUAGCACUAGUGUUAAAGCUUUAAAACAGAGAUUCAAUGGUCUUCAUAUUGUUAUUCAGUGUAAUGAUGAGACUGACUUAGCUCUAUCGCAUGUUUUUGAAAAAUGUUCUGCUAAAUAUGUCUAAACGAUGUCAAUCAGUUGUUUGUCUAUCAUUUAUUACUUCAUAAAGACAAAGAAUGCAACAUUCGAGAAUGGUAGAUUUUCAAGAGGAUACAUGGUCG